UCUUAUUGUACACGUGAAAGCAAGGCCGUUAUAGUUUAACUAGCAGAGAGGGGAUCAUCACUCUACUCAAUUCCAAGCAAUUCCAAGUUUAUCUUUAUCCUGAUGCUAGUAACCAUUUCUAUCUCUACUACUUUGCAUCUAGUUUAGUUUCAAACCUGUCGUUAAAUUUAUUUAGUUGAUAAAUAAAUAUGAAAAUCACUCUGGUUAUUUUUUUUACUAUUAUUUUACUUGCUGAUGGCCGAAUGAAAAGAAAAUUCAAGAAGCUAAAAUUCCAAAAACUAUCCGGCCCGAAGGACUUUGAUCUAUUAAUAUUCACGCAGCACUGGCCUGAGACAGUUUGUUUUACGUGGCAAGAGACUGUUAGCAACCAUACAUGCAAUUUGCCCCGCGAUGAAGAAUGGACCAUCCACGGAAUCUGGCCCACACAAUACCACAAAGAGGGUCCGUCCUAUUGCAACAAAUCUAUGCAGUUUGACUCGGCAAAAUUGGCGCCGAUCGAGGACGAAUUGGAGGUCAAGUGGAUUGACGUAGAAAACGGGACCAAGCCCUUCUCAUUCUGGAAACACGAGUGGGAAAAGCACGGGACUUGUGCUAUGAUACUUCCCGAAGUCAGCGACGAGUACAAGUACUUCAAAAAGGGCCUUGAAUUAUUGGAUCAGUAUGACAUGAAAGGUGUCUUGGCCAAAGCUAAUAUUUUUCCUGGGAAACAGUACAUGGUGCAAGAGAUUCUGGAUGGAGUUUAUAAUGUUUUGGGAAAACACUGUCAAGUUGAAUGUGUUAUUAAUCCUAAAACUAAAGAGAGAUACCUCUUUGAAAUACGAAUUUGCUUCGACAAAUCAUUCAAUCUCACUGACUGUGAUAACAUCGCUAGUUAUCCAACUAAUUGUUCGAAGAAAAAAAAAAUUACCUAUCCAGGAACUGUACCGAGUAGGAUUAGUGUAAUUCAAUUUUGAAAUUUAAUUUUUUUAAUAGUAAAUUUAUUUAAAGGUCAUUAAGUUAAAUUA